AUGCCCAAAAAGCGAUCUGAACCCGUCAUGUGCCCGAUAGGCUCAGUUGGCUUUCUUCCUGCGACUAUUGUUCAUACGAAUGAAAUACUUAUUGGCCUGGGUGAUGGAUACUUCGUAGAUACCACAGCAUAUCAUGCUGCAGAGAUCUUGAAAAGACGGAAAACUGUUGUGGAAGACAAUAUCGCCGAUCUACAUCAGCAUGAAAACAUAAUCACGCAGCAGAUUGCUUUUGCCAAAGAGAUUUUCGAGCAUCAAGGCAAUUCCGAUGAAGUGGAGAUUCGAGAAGAGUAUGACGAAGAGAAAGAAGAAGAGUUGAGAAAAAAGCGCAGAUCUAGGAUACCAGCAAAUCGUCCAGUUACCAAGACCGUAGCUGAUGUCAAAGCCG